CAGGUUAUUGAUUUAAGAAAGCAAAUCACUUCACAGGUCGAACAGAUAUAUAAUACAUCCACGUGUUCAUUAUUCGUCUCUUAUUAGUCAUUUAUUAAUGUAUUCAUAUCGAUUGUGACGUCACGUUUAUGUUCAUCGAUUGAUAAUUUAACUAAAAUAUACGAUCGUAAGAUGCCGGUAUUCAGCAUCAGCUUUAUUUCUAAUAAUAAAGCUGAUGCUGACGCGCAGUUGCGUCACAGGGGGGAAAAGGGCGGUGCCCCCCGCCCAGGUAGGCGCACCAGUACCCGUCACGUCACCACAAACACGCGCACAGAGGAGGCAGUGUGCGCGCACACACACACACACACACACACACACACACACUCUUCCCUCUGGAGAAGGAACAGAAAAGAGAAAGAGCCGGAAAAAAAAGAGAAACGCAAAGCAGCAGCCGGAACAUUUGGAAACCUCGAAACGAGGAAGUUGUAGUGGAGCGCGUGAGAAGCAUGUUCAGCUGGGUGAAGCAGGAGCAAGGCGGCCGCAACAAGGACGGAGAGAUGUACCAGACGGUGACGGAGGGGCUGCAGAGCCUCUACCUCAAGAAGCUGCUGCCGCUGGAGGAGACAUACCUCUUCCACGACUUCCACUCCCCGGCGCUGGAGGCCGCGGACUUCCAGAGCAAGCCCAUGGUGCUGCUGGUGGGCCAGUACUCCACAGGGAAAACCACCUUCAUCAGGUACCUGUUGGAGCAGGACUUCCCGGGGAUGCGGAUCGGUCCGGAGCCGACCACGGACGGCUUCAUCGCCGUGAUGUACGGCGAGAACGAGGGCAUCAUCCCCGGCAACGCGCUGGUGGUCGACCCCAGGAAGCCCUUCAGGAAGCUCAACGCGUUUGGGAACUCCUUCCUCAACAGGUUCAUCUGCUCUCAGAUGCCCAAUCAGGUCCUGCAGAGCAUCAGCAUCAUCGACACGCCCGGCAUCCUGUCCGGAGAGAAGCAGCGAAUCAGCAGAGGUUAUGACUUCACGGAGGUGCUGCGUUGGUUCGGGGAACGCGUGGAUCGGAUCAUUCUGCUGUUCGACGCCCACAAGCUGGACAUCUCGGACGAGUUCGCCGAAGCCAUCCGAGCCUUCAAAGGACAAGACGACAAGAUCCGGGUGGUCCUCAACAAGGCCGACCAGGUGGACACGCAGCAGCUGAUGAGGGUGUACGGCGCCCUCAUGUGGUCACUGGGGAAAGUGAUCAACACGCCGGAAGUGGUGAGAGUUUACCUGGGAUCCUUCUGGGGCAAACCGCUGCAGAACAGUGAGAACAGGCGUCUCUUUGAGGCGGAGUCUCAGGACCUGUUCAAGGACAUCCAGAGUCUCCCGAGAAACGCGGCGCUGCGGAAACUCAACGACCUCAUCAAGAGAGCGCGGCUGGCCAAGGUGCAUGCGUACAUCAUCAGCUACCUGAAGAAGGAGAUGCCGUCUCUGUUUGGCCGAGAGAAGAAGAAGGAGGAGCUUAUCUCCCGGCUCCCAGAGAUCUACUGCAUCCUGCAGCGGGAGCACCACAUCAGCCCCGGGGACUUCCCCAACAUCACCAAGAUGCAGGACAUGCUGCAGCACUACGACUUCAGCAAGUUCCCGUCCCUGAAGAUAAAGUUGAUCGAGUCGGUGGACAAGAUGCUCUCCACGAAGAUCGCCGGCCUGAUGUCGAUGAUCCGGGACGAGGAGUCAAAGGCGCCGCCGCCGAUGGUGUCCGGCGGCGCCUUCGAGGGCUCCCAGUACGGGCCCUUCGGCCCCGGCUAUGGCGAGGGCGUCAGCGCCGGGGCGGACGCCGAGGACUGGAUCGUCGGGCGCGAGAAGCACCGCUACGACGAGCUCUUCUACAUGCUGAUGCCCGUCAACGGCAAGAUCACCGGCGUCAACGCCAAGAAGGAGAUGAUGAACUCGCGGCUGCCCAACACCGUGCUAGGGAAGAUCUGGAAGUUGGCGGACUGCGACCAGGACGGCAUGCUGGACGACGAGGAGUUCGCGCUCGCGCAGCACCUCAUCAAGAUCAAGCUGGAGGGCUUCGAGCUGCCCGGGGAGCUGCCCGACCACCUGGUGCCGCCGGCCCACCGCAAGAACCCCACCGCCGACGCCCUGUACAACCACGCCGAGGACUAGAGCGCACGACGCCACCACUGGGUCCUGCUGCUGAUCAGACUGGAGAACCAAUCGGCUGACAGACGGUCAGUUUGAGGAUUUACCCGCCACCAACACGGAUCAACUCAGAUAUAUAUUCAUAUAUAUAUAUAUAUAUAUGUACAAAUGGAAGAAAAAAACACAGCCUCGUAUUUUACUCUUGCCUUUUUUAAUUUGGGGACUUUUAUUUUGAAAAAAAUGACACUGCCUUAAAGACAUUUCAACUUCCUGUCUUAAUUGUGUUCCGUCUAAGUGAGUUAUUCAAUAUUUGGAGGCAUUAAAAUGAUCAAAUAUCCCACAAUGCUCGGAUGCGUUCACAGGAAGAAGCGUUGACCUUCAGAAUAAAAGCGCGGGAGGUUUAUAUAGUGUUUUCUUUAAUAAUCAGUGUCGGAGUAACACAAUAUUAUAACAGAGUAUAAACUGUAAUGUGUAGUUUGUGUUUUUUUUCUUCCUGUACCGACACAAUGCUGCGUUAAAUUGCGCCGUAUUUUUACUGAAUUAUGAUUCUUAUUAUUAUUUGCCUGCUUUUAUUCUGAAGGCCAGAAGCUUUACUUUCAAAGUCUCCCUUAAACUGUUUCUCUGACGAGAGACUGUGGAAUACGUGUUUGACUUCAACCGGUGAAAUAUUAACUGAUCUGCAAUCAGUUUCUGAGGACAACGUUUUGUCCUGAAAAUAAUGAAAUAAGUUCCCCAAAAUGAGUCCGAACUGCAUUACCCAUCAUGCAGCUGGAGCUGGUUAUAUAUUGAGGGGAAAGAAAAACUUUUUGUUUUUUAAAACGAAUUAAAUCAAAUUAUUUGUGACAUUUAAAAUAUAAAAAAAUAUAUAUAAUUACAAAAUCCAUGUCAGGCCUGAAAUUAAUUUUAUCUUUGAAUAAUUAACUCUUCAAUAAAAAUGAUAAAGUCUGAACAACGGAUCACAAACAAAGAAUAUAUUUUAGUAUUUUAAAGAAAAUCUUAAAUAUUUUUAAAUUACAUUUUCAGUUUUGGGACGACAAAGAAAAAUACUAGUAUAAUAUAUUAGUUGGAUAUUUAACGUGUCAUAAUUUGAUUUCCUGUCGUUGGACUUUUCAUAAUAAAAGAGGAAUAACACUUGAA